CAAGCCUUGACCGAUAUAUGUCCCGCCUUUAACGCGUUGCAUUCUGGGAAUCAGACAAGCGUCCUUUUUGGUGGUUCCUUUAUCGGAUCUAUCGCGUUUCCAGCGAGAUUACAACCUCGAGGAGAAAAGGACAUGGAAAAUGUUCAUCUGGCGGUGGAGGAGGACGAUCUUUAUUCGGGGUAUAACGACUAUAAUCCAACGUUUGACACUGAGGAGUUGGAGAAUGACGAGGGUUUCCAGCAGGCAGUUAGGACCAGUCAUGGCAGAAGACCACCGGUGACAGCUAAGUUUCCAGGCAGCGCUAUUGGGACGAGGCCACUAGCGACUUCUUUUGGAUCUCGGUUGCCUCUGACCUCUUCAAUGGGAAGACCGAUAACCGGAGCUGUGCAGGAUGGAGCGGCCCGACCCAUGACUGCAGUACGAGCCGCAGGUUACACCUCCACUCUGACCCGUGGUGCCACCUUUGACCCAUUGGGCCAAUCCAGAGGCCCUGCCCCUCCUCUUGAGGGAAAGAAUGAGGACACGCCAGAGGAGAAGAUCAAGAACCUGGAGAAGAAAGUGAACGACCUGUUAAAGGACAGCUGCAUGGCACAAAGUGUGGGGAACCUACAGAUGGCUCUUGAAAAAGCUAAAGAGGCUGGAAGGACGGAGAGAGGACUGAUGCGACUGAGGGAGCAGACUGGCAAUGGAGACCAGAUCAAUGUUGACCUCACCUACUCUGUUCUACUCAAUCUUGCUAACCAGUAUGCGAACAACGAAAUGUACCCAGAGGCUUUGAACAGCUACCAAGCCAUCGUGAAAAAUAAGAUGUUCAGUAAUGCAGGCCGGCUGAAAGUCAAUAUGGCCAACAUCUACUUCAAGCAGAGGAACUACCCCAAAGCCCUCAAAUUCUAUCGAAUGGCUCUGGAUCAGAUCUCAAACGCUCACAAGGAGAUGAGGAUCAAGAUCAUGCAGAACAUCGGGGUGGUCUUUGUUCGCAUGGGUCAGUACUCCAACGCUGUCACCUCCUUCGAGCACAUCAUGAGUGAGAGCCCCAACAUCAAGACGGGCUUCAACCUCAUCCUGUGUCACUAUGCUGUGGGGGACAGAGAGAGGAUGAAGAAGGCAUUUCAGAAGCUCAUCUCUGUGCCGCUGGGCAUCGAUGACGAGGAAAAGUACAUCUCAACCAGUGAUGACCCCAGCUCAAACAUGGUCAUAGAGGCUAUCAAGAAUGACAAACUGCACCAGAUGGAGAGAGAUAUAAAAGCCCUGGCGGAAAAGUUCAUCAUGACUGCAGCCAAGCUCAUCGCUCCGGCCAUCGAGACGUCUUUCGUCACAGGAUUUGACUGGUGUGUUGACAUGGUGAAGAGUUCACAGUAUGUCGAACUGGCCAAUGAUCUGGAAAUAAACAAAGCCAUCACCUACCUAAGACAGAAGGACUUUAACCAGGCUGUGGAAACACUAAAGACCUUCGAGAAAAAGGACAGUCGGGUGAAGAGCGCUGCUUCCACCAACCUGUCCUUCUUCUACUUCCUGGAGAAAGACUACGAGCAAGCAGAUAGGUACGCUGACCUGGCCAUGAACGCCGACCGCUACAAUCCUGCCGCUCUCAUCAACAAGGGAAACACGGUGUUUGUCAAACGGGACUAUGAGAAGGCUGCAGAGUUCUACAAGGAGGCUCUGAGGAACGACUCGUCGUGCACUGAGGGACUCUAUAACCUGGGGCUGACCUACAAGAGACUGAACCGCCUGGAUGACGCUCUUGACUGUUUCCUCAAGCUCCAUGCCAUUCUGAGAAACAGUGCCGAGGUCAUGUUCCAGAUAGCCAGCCUCUAUGAGCUCCUGGAGGACCCGCAGCAGGCGAUGGAGUGGCUGAUGCAGGUGAUAAGCGUCGCUCCCACAGACCCGCAGGUACUGGCCAAACUUGGGGAGCUCUACGACGCCGAGGGAGACAAGUCCCAGGCGUUUCAGUACUACUAUGAGUCCUUCAGGCACUUCCCUUCAAACAUCGAGGUCAUCGAGUGGCUGGGAGCUUACUUCAUCGAAACACAGUUCUGUGAGAAGGCCAUCCACUAUUUUGAGAGAGCAACGCUCAUUCAACCGUCUCAGGUGAAGUGGCAACUCAUGGUGGCGAGCUGCUACAGACGAAGUGGAAACUACCAAAAAGCUCUGGAAACCUACAAGGACGUCCACAGCAAGUUUCCUGAAAAUGUGGAAUGUCUGCGGUUUCUGAUCCGGCUGGGGAAAGACAUGGGGCUGAAUGAGGUGCAGGAGUACACCACCAAACUGAAGAAGGCAGAGAAGAUGAAGGAGCUCAAGGAGCAGAGAGUGAAGUCCGGGCGGGAGGGCAGUGGACGCGGUCGGCGAGAGAACAGUGGUGGGAGUGCAGUGGUCUCCCCUCCUUCCUUCACUCCUCCUAAGACUGCGGACCUUCAUGACAGCAGCCACAGCAGCAGCAGCAGCACCAAGGGCGAGCGGCUGAGUGCAAAGAUGAGGUCACUUCCUGGUUCCAACGAGCCCUACGAGGCCAGCAGCCCUAAAGAACUGGACGCCUCGUACGUGGACCCUCUGGGGCCUCAGAUGGACCGACCCAAGACCGGAGUGAAGAAGCGAGUGGAAGACGAUGACUUUGCAGAUGAAGAGUUGGGAGACGACCUGCUGCCUGAAUGACUGGACAGAAAGAGUCACGUGUUUUUCAGAUUUGCAAUUUGAAUGAACUUGAACCUGAAUCGCGUGUUACGCGAUUUUAUUUGUUUUUAUUUUGACUCCACUUCCUGGAUAGUCAAUCCUCUUGAGCUUCAGCUGCAGGCUCGGAUUCAUGCCAAAGGAAGAGCACGUCGUCAGGAGCAGCCGGGUCGCAGUGGAGACGCAUGCCGCUCCUCGACCCGAGACACGAACGUCUCACUGAGAAACCCCAAACUACACCUUUAACCUCGGUCCCAUGGUGAAUCCAGAAUGUUGCUGUUUGGAGCCAAAGCCGUUCCCAUCUGUGAUCCUGGAAUGUUGUGGAGAUAUUCUUGGUACUUUCCGCCUCCCUCCUUUUGUGUUCAAGAUGAUUGUGUACAGGGUGUAUAGUGUUUAUAUUUGUACGAGCGAUUAUGUUUCUAUAAAUUACGGCGUGUGAAUUAGAAAUGAAAAUAAAGUGUG